AUGGCCGACUACGAUGAUGCAUACGAGGAGGAAUUUUACGAGGAGGCGGAUGAGGGCAUCACCUCCGAGGACUGUUGGACGGUGAUUUCGUCCUUUUUCGACUCGAAGGGUCUUGUCUCCCAACAGCUAGACUCAUUCGAUGAAUUCAUUUCAUCCACUAUGCAGGAGCUUGUUGAGGAGCAAGGCCAGGUGGUUCUCGACCAAACUUUGCCCCCCUCCGAAGAUGAAGUUGACCCCGUCGUUGUUCGCCGCUACGAGCUCAAAUUCGGCACUGUCAUGCUUUCGCGACCAUCUGUGACAGAAGGCGAUGGUGCGACCACGAUCAUGUUGCCACAAGAAGCUCGUCUCCGAAACCUUACAUAUGCGUCUCCACUCUACCUCGGUGUUACAAAAAAGAUUCAGGAAGCUCGUGAGAUCAUGGGAAAACCUAAUGACGAUGACGAAAAUGAGGAUGAUGGUGAACAAAAACCUCAAGGCACGUUCCUUGAUUGGCAGACAAAGCAGCUGCCACCAGAGCAGAUGAAGGAGGAGACAGUCUUCAUCGGAAAGAUGCCCAUCAUGCUGAAAUCCAAGUACUGUAUUCUCAAGGAUCUUAACGAAUCGUCCCUUUACGCCUGGAACGAGUGUCCUUAUGAUUCUGGCGGUUACUUCGUCAUUAACGGAAGUGAGAAGGUUUUGAUUGCGCAGGAGCGUAGUCUUCAAAAAGGCUCCCCCAGCCCAACACCCUAUAUUGCCGAAAUUAGAAGUGCAGUCGAGAAGGGCUCACGCAUGCUUUCGUCACUCACGUUAAAGCUUUUCGCCAAGGGCGACAGUGCCAAAGGAGGAUUUGGCCCGACAAUCCGCUCAACACUUCCAUAUGUUAAGGCCGAUAUUCCAAUUGUCGUCGUUUUCCGUGCGCUGGGCGUCGUUUCCGACGAAGACAUCCUGAACCACAUUUGCUACGACCGCAACGACACUCCGAUGUUGGAGAUGUUGAAGCCGUGUAUCGAAGAGGGCUUCGUAAUCCAAGACCGUGAGGUUGCCUUGGAUUUCAUUGCCAAGCGUGGCUCUUCACAGACGAAUCUGAAUCACGAUCGCCGUGUACGCUAUGCCCGCGAUAUCAUGCAAAAGGAGUUGCUGCCCCACAUCUCGCAGAGCGAUGGCAGUGAAACCCGCAAAGCUUUCUUCUUGGGAUAUAUGGUACACCGGCUGCUCCAGUGCGCUCUCGGUCGUCGCGAUGUUGAUGACCGUGAUCACUUCGGUAAGAAGCGACUUGACUUGGCUGGUCCACUUUUGGCCAGUCUGUUCCGUACUCUGUUCGCCCGUGUCACCAAAGACCUUCAGCGCUACGUGCAGCGAUGUGUUGAGACUAACCGUGAAAUUUAUCUCAACAUCGGUAUCAAGGCCAGCACGUUGACUGGUGGAUUGAAAUAUGCCCUUGCUACUGGUAACUGGGGUGAGCAGAAGAAGGCUGCUUCCGCUAAGGCUGGUGUGUCUCAGGUGCUGAGUCGUUACACAUUUGCCUCAUCUCUAUCUCACCUUCGCCGAACAAAUACCCCCAUUGGAAGAGAUGGAAAGAUUGCCAAGCCUCGCCAGCUUCAUAACACUCAUUGGGGUUUGGUCUGCCCUGCUGAAACACCCGAAGGUCAAGCUUGUGGUUUGGUCAAGAACUUGGCACUGAUGUGCUAUAUCACUGUCGGUACACCUGCCGACCCCAUCGUUGAUUUCAUGAUUCAGCGCAACAUGGAAGUUCUCGAGGAGUUCGAACCCCAAGUGACUCCCAACGCGACCAAGGUUUUCGUCAAUGGUGUCUGGGUCGGUAUUCAUCGGGAUCCUUCGCACCUUGUCACUACCAUGCAAAAUCUUCGUCGACGCAACAUGAUCUCUCACGAAGUUAGUUUGAUUCGUGACAUUCGUGAACGAGAGUUCAAGAUUUUCACUGAUACUGGACGUGUUUGCCGACCUCUGUUCGUUAUUGACAACGAUCCCAAGAGCGAGAACUCUGGUGGAUUGGUCCUCAACAAAGAGCACAUCCGAAAGCUCGAGGCCGACAAGGAUCUCCCUGUGGAUUUGGCCCCAGAAGAACGUCGGGAUAAUUACUUUGGAUGGGAUGGUCUAGUGCGCUCUGGUGCAGUAGAGUACGUCGACGCAGAAGAGGAGGAGACAAUUAUGAUCGUCAUGACUCCCGAAGAUCUCGAAAUCUCCCGACAACUUCAGGCCGGUUAUGCUCUGCCAGAAGAUGAAACAGCAGACCCCAAUAAGCGUGUUCGGUCGAUUCUCAGCCAGCGCGCGCACACCUGGACCCACUGUGAGAUUCAUCCCAGUAUGAUCUUGGGUGUUUGUGCCAGUAUCAUUCCUUUCCCCGAUCACAACCAGUCCCCCCGUAACACCUAUCAGUCUGCCAUGGGUAAACAAGCCAUGGGUGUCUUUUUGACGAACUUUGCGCAGCGCAUGGAGACCAUGGCCAACAUUCUUUACUACCCCCAGAAACCUUUGGCCACCACUCGGUCAAUGGAGUUCUUGCGUUUCCGAGAGUUGCCCGCCGGUCAGAAUGCUAUUGUCGCCAUUGCGACAUACUCUGGUUACAACCAGGAAGAUUCCGUUAUUAUGAACCAGAGCAGUAUUGAUCGUGGCCUGUUCCGUAGUCUCUUCUACCGUACCUACGCCGAUACUGAGAAGAUGGUUGGACUGCAGGUUGUGGAGAGAUUCGAGAAACCUAUGCGGUUGGAUACCCUUGGCAUGCGCAAGGGUACUUAUGACAAGUUGGACGAGGACGGCAUCGUUGCUCCCGGUGUCCGUGUCUCUGGAGAUGAUAUCAUUAUCGGCAAGACAGCUCCGUUGGCCGCUGAUGCGGAGGAGCUCGGCCAGCGCACGAAGGCACACACAAAGAUUGAUGUGUCGACGCCUCUGCGUAGUACCGAGAACGGUAUUGUUGAUCAAGUGUUGAUCUCCACUGGUAACGACGAUCUGAAGUUCGUGAAGGUUCGAAUGCGUACCACCAAGAUUCCCCAGAUUGGUGACAAGUUCGCCUCUCGUCACGGUCAGAAGGGUACCAUCGGUAUCACCUACCGACAGGAGGACAUGCCUUUCACGCGGGAAGGUGUUGUGCCUGAUCUUAUUAUUAACCCUCACGCCAUUCCGUCUCGUAUGACCAUUGCUCACUUGAUCGAAUGUCAGCUCAGCAAGGUUUCUGCACUUCGCGGAUUCGAGGGUGACGCUACUCCUUUCACUGAUGUCACCGUCGACUCAGUUUCCCGUUUGCUGCGUGAACAUGGUUACCAAUCACGUGGUUUCGAAGUUAUGUACAACGGCCACACUGGUCGUAAGCUGGUGGCACAGGUGUUCCUGGGACCCACCUACUACCAGCGUCUCCGCCACAUGGUGGACGACAAGAUCCACGCUCGUGCCCGUGGUCCUACCCAGAUUUUAACCCGUCAGCCUGUGGAGGGUCGUGCCCGUGAUGGUGGUCUUCGUUUCGGAGAGAUGGAACGUGAUUGCAUGAUUGCACACGGUGCCAGUGCUUUCUUGAAGGAACGUCUCUUCGACGUAUCUGAUCCCUUCCGUGUUCAUAUUUGUGACGAUUGUGGCCUGAUGACUCCAGUUGCGAAACUGAAGAAGGGUCUCUUCGAGUGCCGUCUUUGCAACAAUAAGCACCGCAUCUCCCAGGUGCACAUCCCCUACGCCGCCAAGCUGUUGUUCCAAGAGCUGGCCUCUAUGAACAUCGCCGCCCGGAUGUUCACUGAUCGCUCCGGGGUGUCCGUGCGCUGA